CGCUCUAGCCGCUCAAAUACCCAUUUCCUGCGUCAGUCGGCACAACUCUUCGAUCUACCGUCAAGUAUAGGAUGUUAAAGUCGGCUCCAUCCGGAAAAAUCGAGAAGAUAUCAUCGUCCUAAAACGAUUGAAGCUUCCGGCAGAUCUGUCAAGAUGAUGGAUAGCAGCGGCGAUGGUAGUAAUAAACUUAUGCUCGACGAUAUCCGUGAAUUAAUUAUUGAGGAUGAGCCCGACGUGGAGAUUGACAGUCUAGAAGAGGAACCAGGAUCGGGAAGAGGAGAUAAUUAUACCUCAAUGUUGUACCGGGUCCGGGCAAAAGGACGCAAGCUGUUGAAAAACGAGGAACACAUUAAUUACGAGUGUGCCAUCAUUUACAAGAUACUGCCGGAAUCCAAGAAACAUCGCGAGGCAUUUAAGAGCGAGUUACUGUUCAGAAACGAAGUCGUGUUUUAUAAGCAUGUGUGGCCCGCGCUGAACAGGCUGCAAUCGAACGGUAGAAAAGUGUUCAGCGGGGUACCCAAGAUAUACGCCGCUAGAGCCGAUCUUAUUGCCAUGGAAGAUUUAAGACAGAGAGGCUUUAAGAUGGCAGAUAGACGGAAAGGAUUAGAAGUGGAGAAUCUGGAGUACGUGCUGAAGGCUCUAGCGGGUUUUCACGCACUUAGCUUGACGUUGAAGGACUCCAAGCCGGAGGAGUUUGCGAAUUUGAAAAAUCCGGAACAUGAUCACGGUAUACAAGAAACGUUAUUUCGACGGGAUAACGAAGAUUGGUAUCGUCAGUAUUACCGCGUGGCCGCGAAUAACGCCAUCACGAUGGUGUCCGAAGCACUUCCCUCGAACAUGGACCACAGAAGGCAGGAGGUAAUGACCAAGUUGCAAGCUUUCCUAAACGAAGACGUGUUUUUCCGCACUAUGAGCGAGCUCGUCUCCGCGCAAGGACCCCUCUCCGUGUUUUGUCACGGUGACUGUUGGACCAACAAUUUCCUCUUUCAGGAUGAACCAAGCUCAGAUACAGAGGCCGUUUAUCUAGUUGAUUUUCAACUGACGCGGGUCGGUUCACUCGCUCUUGAUCUUGCGAACUUGCUAUACUGCUGCACGAGUGGUGUUGUUAGGCGGGCUUACAUGACACAGCUUCUCCAGCACUAUCAUUCCCAUCUGAUGUCCUCCUUGUGCAUUCUCAAUCCGGAACAGCCGCCGAAAGAUCCAGCUGUUAUGUGGGAAUUAUUAAAGGAAGAGAUGCGGAGAUGCGGACGAUUCGGAUUGGGAUUAGCAUUGGACAUUCUACCGAUUAGCACGUGCGCCAGUCACGAAGCACCGAAUCUGUACGAAACAAGUAGCACGGAAACUAGCGAGGAGAAACAUAGUACCGCAGGAGCACCGCCACCCGGAGGCGCCGAGUGCGCCCGACUCAUGACUGACUUAGUGCUGGAAUUGAUAGACAACGAGGCUCUGUAGAUCAAAUGUCACAUUAUUUGACAACAAUAUUAUAUGUAAUAAUACGUAUAAUGUAUAGCAAAUGUGUACGUCUUUUAUAAUUCUUAACUCAUUGAAAAAGAGCGAUACACAAUUUGUUCCACGAGAAAUCUCCCCUUUUCUGUUUUACGUACGUGAUGUAUGAAGAAAGAUAGUUUCUUCCCACGAUUUAACACGUGCGUCCAUAUGUAAUAGAAAUCAAAAGUACCGUGAAACAUUUA